AUGGAUAAUAUCUUCAAGCCUUACUCAGAUUUCUACAUAGUUUACAUAGAUGACAUUCUUGUCUUCUCCAAAACUAUGAUUGAGCAUCUAAAGCAUCUUGAACUGGUGUGUAAACUUAUUGUCCAAAAAGGAAUCAUUCUUGGACAGAAGAAGAUUCAUCUUAUUAAGGGUGAAAUUGAUUUCCUCGGUAUUCAUGUUAAGGAUGGAGAGAUUCGUCUCCAAGAUCAUAUUGUUAAGAAAAUCAGCCAAUUUCCAGACAUCAUCCCAGAUGCGAAGUCUCUGCAGAGAUUUUUGGGAGUUGUUAAUUUUGCUAGAGAUUUUAUUCCUCAAGUUAGUGGUCUAACUGCUCUCCUCUCUCCAAAAACGAGUUCUAAGAAAAAAUGGUCUUUCACAGCUGAUGACAGUAACAAGAACUAUUUGCCCGACGCUCUCACAAGAGAAAUGGCUAUGUUUGACAAAGAAGGUUGCAAUCCAAGAAGCCGGAAACCGAUAUCUGAAGAAAAGAAGCUUUGGGAAAGAUAUAAGAGCUGUGAUAAAACCGUAGGACUUCUCCUUGACGGACCAGGUUAUCAAUACCUUGUUUCUUAUGGAGCUGCUGAAUCUGGCCAACCUUCAGAAAGAAUCAAGCCAAAGCUAGAUCAAUGA